GGAGGAAGAAGGGAAGGAAAAAGCGAUGGAAAAGAGAGAAGGAAGGAGAGGAAGGGCGAACGUUUGCAAAGGCCCUUCAGGUGGGCUAAAGGUGCCUCCUCCGCACCCGGGGAAGCAGAGCGAGUCCUUCCCCGCUGCGGAGCCUGCGCGGCGUCUCUUCCCGGGAGGCGCCUGAAUGAUCCCCGCCGCCGCCCGCCGGGGAAGCGGCCUUUGAAAAGGCCCCGAGCUCGGCGCAGGGGAGCCGCGUGGAGCCUCGGCCCCGCUUCAGACGACGCUGCUGCGGAUUUCCCCGCCCGCCUCGGCCUGGUUGGUUUGCAGGAGGAGAGGAGGAGACCAAAUAAUUUAAGGAUACAAGUAGUCAGCGACAUAUGAGGACUAAUUGAGCUUGCAAUUCUUGUGUAUUGGUUUUUAUACCUAUCCUCCUCAUCCACAGGUGCAAACCUUGACCAUGGACUUGGGGCUCAACCCGGACAUCGUCGGACCCUCUUUGGGCAAAUACCGUUCCUUUGUUGGGCGCUGUUGCCAAAAAUGCACCUCUAAGAGCUGGGGAUUUUUCUUUCACAAGCACCUGGCCUCCAUGGGGUUUUGCAAUGUGAUCAAGAUAACGGAAGAAAACACCAGGUACAGAGGCUGGCUGGUAAGGAGGCUGUGUCACUUCCUGACCGUGUGUGACUGGAGACUUUCUGCUAAAAUGCCACCCAAUCUCCAGGAAAAGGUCUUUCACACCCAAAGAGUGCAAGAGGUAAUCUCCUCAAAAGGCUCAGGGGAUGCUCCAGGGUCCAACCUGCCUCAAGAAGAGUGGAUGAAAGAGAUCCAGAGAAUUCUCGGUCAUAUACAAGGCUGCCUCUCUCCUUUCCUCUUGAGGUUCUGCCACUGGGUUCUGCUAAAAUUCCUGACCCGGAUAUUCCUCAGAGUGAUAGUUCACAAAGGACAGCUGGAGAUGAUGCACAGAGCAGGAGAGCAGGCUAAUACUCCAAUGGUUUUCCUUUCAACUCACAAGUCUCACCUGGAUGGGUUGUGGCUUCCAUUCCUUCUGGUCUCCCAGGGUAUAGCUAUGCCACGAGUGGCUUGGGAAAACAAAACCUUCACUCCCACCUACAGGGCCCUGCUGGCUUCGCUGGGAGGAGUGUUCCUGCCCCAAGGAAUGGGUCAGAGAUGGGGCGUUGGUGAAGGCGACCUCCCCAGAGCGGUGGUGGCUUCCUACGUCGAAGAAGUCCUCCUGAGCAAACAACCCCUGCUGAUCUUCUUGGAAGAGGUCUUCUCUGGGUCCCAGGAGCUCUCCCCCUCUGGUAGAGCCUGGCUGAGCUUGGUGCUCAAUGCUUAUUACACUGGGGCCGUCUCAGACAUCAUGAUAACGCCCGUUGGCAUCUCCUAUGAGAGAACUCCUGACUUCGCUCACAGGGGGAAGGAGAGCCCCACCCAGACGCUUGGUCUCUGGGCCACUCUGUGGAGACUCUGCCAAGCCGCUUGUCGUAGACAGAGCUGCGUCCGGAUCGACUUUGCACAGCCCUUCUCUUUGCAGGAGUUUGUGACCAACAGAUGUUUCAGGCAGAACAGCACUAGGAAGCUCUUGAGAGAACUGCUCUUACCCGAAGUUCUCGGCACGUGCUCCAGCAUUCUGGAUUGUGAGAAAGUGGAAUGUUGGCCUACGAACUCUCAAGACAUCGUGCCACUGACCGGGGAAGAAGAACAGCUUUUGCUGGACAAUCUGAGCCUACACGCUUUGAGUGCAGGCGUAUCGUGUUCGGCCAUCAUGGCGGUCCACAUCGUCUCUGCACUCCUGCUGCACAAAUACCAAGAGGGAGUUUUCCUUUCUCGGCUGAUGCAAGACUUUGUUUGGAUCACCGAUGAGAUCCUGAUGCGUAACUACGACGUGGGGUUUUCCGGUCGGGUACGCGAUGUGUUGUGCCAUGGCCUUUCCCUGCUGCGAGAUUGCAUUACCCUCUACAGCCUCUCACUGGGAGAUGUCUUGGUGGUUCCCAAGAAAACCGAGGAGGCCAUCAAGGAGCUGAGCCACCACAGCACGGCUCUCCUGCCCGUCUUCAUCCAGGAAGCUAUCGGGGCCUGCUCCAUCAACGCCCUUCUGAUGGAAGUGCUACCGUAUUUGGGAAGCCCCGAGCAGCUUGGGAACUUCGUCCUGGCCCAUGAAGAACUUCAUAACAAGUCUGUCCUGCUGGUUCAGCUGCUACCCAAAGAUUUCCUCCUACGCCAGCCUUGCCAGUCUGUGCACUACUAUUGUCAGCAUGCUGUGGACAAACUGGUGGAGUCUGGACUGCUGGUGGCCGAGGAGGUGCCCAGCGAUCGCUUCGUGUGUGACACAUCCCAGAAAGGCUUCACCGAGAAGUUUCUGUGGAAGGCAACGGAAGAUUUUGUCGACAGUGAUGUCCGGGAUGAAGCUGAGAAGCAGUGGUUCAAAGUAAGUCAGUUGGAAAGUUGCUCCAACCUCUUUGUGUUCCUUUGUGGCCUCCUUGGGCCUCUGCUGAAGACAUUGGAGAGAACCAUCGUCUUCCUUCAAGAGCAGGAGUUCCCUCAGCCAGAAUCUCGGUUCAUGGAGGAGCUGCAGCGGGAUUUGGUGAGGUUGGCCCGAGAGGACGGUUCUUUUGAAUGUUCCAACAGCAGCUUGACUGCCACUGCCCUUCGCAUCUGCAAAGAAUUAGGGGUGUUCAAAGAAGUGAUGGAAGACAAGGAGCUACUUCUCCAUCUCUCUGAAACUUUCACCGCCCGAGAAAACCAAAAGAAACUGGAGAAAUUCAUCCAUCAGUUUAUCUACUAGAUCCUUUUGAUGGGGGUCUUUCUUUUAACAGGCAGAAGGAUUCAAAAAUCUGACGAAGAGUUCUUCCCCCUCCCGCCAAUCUGUUUGGACUGUUGUUUCGUUCGUGGUUUCUACUUUUGAAAUGUUGUUUUCCAGGAAGGGGGGGAUUUUGAGCAAGGCAAGGAAGCCAGUUAGGUUAAUAAAAUCAAUUCACACUGAAGCGUGAGGAGUGAGGUUUGUGUAGCAUGUUUGUA